AUGGCUGCUUCUAGGCUCGUUGAUCUUAUCAAGUCAAAUGCAAAGGCCCUCCCGCCUCUUUCAAGCGACUCAUUUGGGUCUCGAUUCGACCAUCUGGGAAAGUACACAGUUGUGUUACUUGGAGAUGGAACCCAUGGCACGUCAGAGUUCUAUCAAGCUCGAGCGGAGAUAACCAAGCACUUGAUUCAGAAUCACGGAUUUGAUGCUGUAACUGUCGAGGCAGAUUGGCCAGACUCAGAAGCAGUAGACAGAUACGUUAGACAACGCUCAGGAGUUAAAGCAAAGAUUGAACGCCCAGAUAUGGGCAGAUCCAUAGACGCUGUCAUCAAAUACCUGGAUGCAAUUGAUCCAAAUAUGGCGAAGCUCGCUCGCCAGCGAUAUGGGUGUUUGCAGCCAUGGGUUGAAGAUCCGACAGAAUACGGACUAGCAAGUUACCUUGACAGUGGAAUGAAAACAUGCGAAGAAGCAGUUCUUGACAUGCUCCGCGAUCUUCUCCAGAAGCGUUUGGAGUACACAGCAGCUCACCAAGGCGGAGAUGAGUUCCACAGUGCUGAACAGAAUGCAUAUCUUGUAGCUGAUGCGGAGGCGUAUUACAGGGCAAUGUAUUCAGGCUCGGUGGACUCUUGGUCCCUUAGAGACUCUCACAUGUUCGAGACUCUGAAACGCAUCCUCAAUGUCAAAGGGCCGGAAUCCAAAGUCAUUGUCUGGGCACACAAUAGCCACAUUGGCGAUGCUAGGUAUACUAGUAUGGGAAGACGCAGAGGAGAACUGAACAUUGGCCAGCUUUGUCGCGAAGAAUUCGGCAGAGACAAUGUUGCCCUGAUUGGAUGUGGUACACAUACCGGCACAGUCGCAGCAGCUCAUGAAUGGGGCGGGGAUGUGGAUAUCAUGGAUGUUGUGCCUUCGAGGAGUGAUUCUUGGGAAUACCUGGCUCACCAGUCAGAAAAGCAGGUGUUUUAUCUUGAGCUCAGAAAAAAUAUCGCAAAUGCCGAGCUGCUCCAUGCCAUGAAAAUAGCGUCGCCUCGGCUAGAGCGAUUUAUCGGUGUCAUCUAUCGCCCCAGGACCGAACGUACCUCACAUUACUCGUCGACUGAUCUUGCAGACCAGUUUGAUGGCUUUAUUUGGUUUGAGAGAACUGAGGCCGUUAAAUCUUUGGUAACACACCAGCCGCAUGACCAUAUUGGAGCGGACGAGACCUAUCCCUUUGGGCUGUGA